AUGAAGGACAAAGGCCGGGCGCUAGACGACGAGGAAACGACGCGCAUGCGCAAGAGCCCAGGCGGCCCGGUAGCCGGGAGAGCUAUGGCGGUGGCGGCGGCAGAGGAAGCAGAGUGCAGUUUCGUGCGUCCCCUGGAAAAGCGGGACGGCACGGUGCUGCGACUCCAGCAGUACGGGUCCCGCGGCGUGGGCUGUGUGGUGUGGGACGCCGCCAUAGUCUUGGCCAAGUACCCGGAGACGCAGCAUUUCUCAGGCGCUGCCCCCGGGACACACGCGCUUUGCCAGAGAUCCGUGCUGGAGCUGGGAGCCGGCACCGGCGCCGUGGGCACCCUCGGGUCAGAUGUUAUAGUCACAGAUCUGGAGGAACUACAGGACUUGCUGAAGUUGAAUAUUAAAAUGAAUGAGCAUCUCAUCACCGGUUCUGUGCAAGCCAAGGUACUGAAAUGGGGCGAAGAAAGAAAAGACUGUUUUUCUCCACCUGAUUACAUAUUGAUGGCUGACUGUAUAUACUAUGAAGAGUCUUUGGAGCCAUUGUUAAAGACUUUGAAGGAUGUCAGUGGGCCUAAGACCUGCAUCGUAUGUUGUUAUGAACAAAGAACUAUGGGGAAAAAUCCAGAAAUAGAGAGAAGGUAUUUUGAGAUGUCACCAAGCAUCAGUCUACAAUCAGUGCGGCACUGA